AUCAACUUCCAGCUUAUUUACAGCCUUCGUGAGGCAAAGCCUUGCAUUUGUCGUGAUUUCUUCUCGUAAGUUGCGGCUGGGAAGCACCGAGAAUAGGCAGCCAUUUCUAGCUACCACGCUCAGCGUCUGUUGCCAUGCCCAGCAUUUAGAUCCCAAGUUCCUUUUUUCCUUUUCUUCACUCCCUUCUAGUUACUGUUGGUUUAUACCUGAACACGCCUCGUCUCUGAGUAGUUCUUCAGAAGCAAUACGGCUUUCAUGUCACCGCAAGCACCACAUCCACUGAAUCACGAACCUGAGACAAUGGUGAUAGACUCCAACGAUGAUGAAUCCCUCCGUGGUGUUUCCAUUCCCACUGAACGCCCCCCACUACCGGCGCAGAGCCCAGGCCCUCGUCGAGAUGAGGCUGGUGAGCAGGGCCGCUUCGGCGUCAGCUUUGAGCGGCCAAUACCUCACAUUGUUGAAAGAGCGCCAAAAGACUCAAAUCAAGUAACACAAUCCCGAGAUGAGCUGCAAGCCCAAGUGAAGGAACGAGAAGAGCGCUUGGCCGAGGAGAUCAAAAAGUUACGAAAUGAGCUCCAGGUGGAACAGCAGAAACUGAAGAAUGCAGAAGAAAGCUCACGUGUGCAACAGAAAAAGUACAAGCAAGCUCUCAUCGAAAAUAAUAAGCUCAUCUCACAGAGCCAACCCUUUCCUCUCGUGACCGACAGUUACUUAAUCAGCCAAGUCGAACAUUUGCGACAGGAAAUCCGUAACUUCGCCAUCCAGCACUAUGAUGGGGAUACCUUCAACGGCCCAAACAAGGGCAAUUUGAAUCCGGCCUUUUGGCGAAACUAUAUGGAACCGACCACGCGAACGUCACAUGCUUUCCAAGACUAUCUCGAUGUAUCAGAAAUGCGGCCGAUGAUCAUUGAAGCUUUUCUCUGGAGAGUAAUUGUUGGUGAAGUUUUCAACAAUUACUGGUGGGCUAUUAGGAUCCAAAAAACCCUAUCGAGAGUAGUGAACUUUGUCAAGAAGCGCUCUUCUUCCAAACCAGAGGACAUACGAAAGGUCCAAAUGUGGGCCGCCACCACAACAGAACUCGUUAUAGAGGCCCACAACCUAUCGCAAGACACCAGGGGCAUUGACGAGCAUCCUGAUUUAAAGAAAGACAAGCUGGUUGAAGAUAUAUGUGACAUAAUUGAACCGUAUUGUUGUUCCUAUGACUCCUCGCUGUUACACCAGCUUCGCCACAUACUCGAGAAUGCUAUAGCGCUGGAUACAGAUAUCAGCCGACAGGUUGCGCAGGUUAAAUGGGAAUUCCCCACGAUAGAUGAUAUGGUCUCAUUUGACCCUGAUACAAUGAACCUAAGAGAAGGCGAAAAAAUAUCUGCUACAUCAGUCAAUCGGGAGGUGCAAAUCGUCAUAUGUCCAUGCUUGAGAAAACGCGGAAAGUCGGAUGGGAAGGAUUUUCAGACCGAAAUCCUUCUAAUGAAGGCGAAGGUGUCUUGUGAGGCUGUCCCGGAGAGGAGGCGGUUCGGGCCACAUUAUAGCCACAGGUUUCUCGAUGCCUUUAUGUCUUCCGAAGAUUGGAGAACUUCAUUCGGCCUUCGCAGGUCUGAUCGUAGAGCUUGAGCAUGUCUUGUGGCCAUUGUACGGCUUUCUUUCUUUCUUAAUGUUUUUUGGCAGCUAUGAAUGUCUUCAUUGCUUAAAUCCUUCGCAUAUUGGCAACGAUAGCUUAGGUUAGUUAGCAAGGGGCUGGGAUGAAUGAGAGAGAUUUGACUCCGCACUGAAUUUACAUCGUUGGCUUCCGGCAUUUAUCUUACAAUCGACUGCUAAUACCUAAGACAAUUGGCCUACCGUGUUGAUGGGCGCAUAUAUCAAAUGCAUGUUCAUGAUAGCUCGCCGAUUUCGGUCCGAGCCUUCAAACUUCCCCUUACCAGCACCUCCAACGUCACAUUCAUUUUCUAUCAUCUCACCCUCUGCUACUGCCUCCCCGUCAUCCUUUUUCACAGUCUGCCUCUCCUGCCCUUCAAAAUCCUUCUUCAUCUGCACUAUACCGUUCUUAUGGACUGCAAUUCACCGAUGUCCCUCCAGUCCCUGCGUCCAGUAUUGAUAUACAGCAUACAACCGAGACAAAUGAUUUUGAUAAAGGGUUUACCAAAUUUGACUCGACGACCUUCAAAGGCCAGCCCUGUCUCAAUCCAUCCAUGGACAACGACAAAUACUAGUAAGGUGACAGUGGAGGUAAUGUUGUAAUGGGGCAAUCAGUUAGACUAAGCACCAGUAAGGAAAUUGCCCCACUUGUUGUCUUAGGGAAAGGAGCCAUACCCUUUU